UCUUCAUUUAAAAUGUUGAUUAAGUGAAAUAAGGAGAAGAAAAAUAAGCAGAGUUUGUCAACCCACAAUGGGGGGGCCAAGAACUUUGUCACAAGUUCUGCUUCUCUCAGCGUUUGGCAUCGUAUUUGCCACAUCCGUUGCCUCUGCAGCCUCCAACACAACACAAGGUGUCCUUCCACCUGAAAACAGCCCUUUUCCUCAGGAAUCAUGCCAAGGAACAAACCUUCUGGACCCCAGUCGCAGCAUAUUUGCAGCAGUGGAUUCAUUUAUAGGGGAGCUCUCUUGUAAACGGAAGAAAAAUGCAAGCCUAUCAGAGGACUCGUUCAUGGAAGUGGAAAGAAACAUCAGAGGAAUUGUUGAGUCGUCUGUAAAAGUCUUUUCAGACCUGGGGACCAACCAAUCUGGCUCUGAUGUUUUGGAACAAAUUGGAAUCUUGGACAGCCUCAAUGUGGAAAACUACAAUGAUCCCGUGUUCAUCAGGCUGUGGUUCUCUCUAAAGAUGACGUCUCUCUUGCCUUUAGUCACUGAAAGGUUUCUGAUCCAGCUUGGCAACAAAAACUUCAGUUGCGGCUCUUUCCAGGAACUGGUGCAGUCUUUCAGUGAAGAACUUCAGAACUCUUCAACAAUAGAGAAACAACAAAUCUACAAUAACUUCCUCCAGGUCUAUCUGACCAGAACCAACUUGGCAGAUCCUGGAUGCACAGAGAAUGUAAAAGGAAGUAAAGAAUGGGUGGAGAAAAACUUCAAGCAUUUUGUGGUCUUUGCAACACUGCAAGAACUUAAAAGUAUCAACAGCAAUUUUUCAGCAACAGAUGUGCUGGAAAAGCUCACACCCAGACAGAAGGCAGAGCUAAUACUUGACACAGAAAGCGAUGCUUUGGAGGAUGUCGAAAUUGUCAGAAAAGUUUUCACAGAUGUGGCAGCAUCUAAUGAAGAACUCGGAAAUUUUUUCCAGGCUUUUUCGCAGCUAAGAAAAGAGAGAAACACCACCUUCAUCCAAAAUCAAGCUGUACGAGAGACCAUCUUAAACCUGACUUUGAACAGCCUCGCUCCAACAUUAGACUCCUUUGAAGCAGGAGACUACAAGCUGUGGUUCCAAGUCUAUUUGCUCCCUGUAACAGCAAGCCUCCGCCCUGAGAGCCUUCGGGUGAUACCUAGCAACAUCAGCUGUGAAUCCUACAAAGCUAUUGUCACGGGUCUAAGAGAAAGCCUAAAAUUCCUUCCACUGCCCAUAUCAAUGAAUGUGAGAUCUAGCUUGGAAUUCCUACAGAAGACCUUCCCAGGCUGUGCAAAACGUGAUUCCUUGACGUGCAAAGAGACACAUGUUGAUGAAAUGCUCAUCUGCUCUGGAGUGAACAGCACUCAACUCCAGCAAACACUGCAAGAUGACAAUUCCACUUCAGGUGUAUGCAAUUUUACCAUCAUUGAACAUGCCUGUACCACGCCAUCACAACUCACAGCAGGCAACUUGGCCAGUCUCCUGAAAUGCUCUGUAGAGAGCAACAUGCCAGAUAAGGUGGAAGUUUGGCAGCUUCUUUUCCAAAAAACUUCUCCCGUGCUCCGCCAGGCUCUGGGCAUGUUCGCCACCAUGGCCCCCAACACCAUGAACUCAGCCUAUUCCAAUUCUCUUGAUGCUCUGGGAGAGGUGGUGGUCAAAAACUUUACUCAGGAUCAACUGAAGAGUGAGGAUGCAAUUAGAAGGGGGUUUCAGUUUGAGCUCCGUCCGUUCCUGGCCUCUCCAUCAACAAAUUUCCUCUCCUGCCUUGGCACAUACAACUUCAGUUGCCAGACAUAUCAGAUUGUCAUUGAGGCAUUCAGCAACCAAAGCCACCUGAUGGACGACGACAGGAAGCGACUAGUCUUAACCCACUUCAUCAAACCGUUCCUCUCCAGAAAAGAUUUGCCAGACCCAGGCUGUGUGUCAUCUGCCAAUGGUAGUCAGCUCUGGCUACAGACCAAUCUUGGAAUUUUCUCUGAUUUUGCAAGCAUAGAGGAUUUGCAAGCCCUUAACCCCAACUUCUCCAGCGAGCAGGUCCUGUCAGAACUGUCUCCCUCCCAAGUAGCACAGUUACUGCAGAGCUCAGACAUCAGAAAUGACACAAAGUUAAUCGAUCGAGUCUUUGAUCGACUGGAGAAGGGAGAAGCUGUUGAAAAUGUGGAUGAAUUCUUUACACAGCUUACCAAGCAGGAGCAGGCCCCAGAGUUCCAAGCUGACGUGAGGGAUCGCAUCAUGAACAGGACCUACAUGAUCAUCAGUCCCUCUUUCCAAUUGUUCACUGCUGUGGACUUUAAAGCUUGGUUCCAAGUCAAACUGGUCCCUGUCCUUGCAAGUUUCACUCCAGAAAUGCUCCGAGGUGUAACUACCGGCAUGAACUGCACAAACUAUCGUAUCAUUGUGAGAGGAAUGGGGAAAGUUGUCACUGCCAUACCUCAGCAAAGACUACAGGCAACCGUUGAUGUUUUACUGAAAUACCUAAAAGACUCUGCUGAUGUCAUCAACCAAAAAGUUUGCAGACAAGGAAUCGAGAGUGAUGCCCAAUGGAUUGAAGAAAACCUGGGUCCAUUUGGUCAAUACGCAACAUAUUCUGAGCUGAAGUUCUUCAACCUGUCUCAGGCAGCGCUUGUGGAUGUUCUUUCCCCCGCUCAGAAAGCUGAGCUACUGACAGAUCCAGAAAGUGGUGCUUUGGAAGAUGCCUCCCUUGUGAGGGAGGUCCUUACAAACCUGACAGAGUCCGGGGAUACAGAGCAGCUUAGUCAGUUUUUCCAAGAGUUCACAACGUCCCUGCAGAAGAGAAACACCACCUUCAUCCAAAAUCAAGCUGUACGAGAGACCAUCUUAAACCUGACUUUGAACAGCCUCGCUCCAACAUUAGACUCCUUUGAAGCAGGAGACUACAAGCUGUGGUUCCAAGUCUAUUUGCUCCCUGUAACAGCAAGCCUCCGCCCUGAGAGCCUUCGGGUGAUACCUAGCAACAUCAGCUGUGAAUCCUACAAAGCUAUUGUCACGGGUCUAAGAGAAAGCCUAAAAUUCCUUCCACUGCCCAUAUCAAUGAAUGUGAGAUCUAGCUUGGAAUUCCUACAGAAGACCUUCCCAGGCUGUGCAAAACGUGAUUCCUUGACGUGCAAAGAGACACAUGUUGAUGAAAUGCUCAUCUGCUCUGGAGUGAACAGCACUCAACUCCAGCAAACACUGCAAGAUGACAAUUCCACUUCAGGUGUAUGCAAUUUUACCAUCAUUGAACAUGCCUGUACCACGCCAUCACAACUCACAGCAGGCAACUUGGCCAGUCUCCUGAAAUGCUCUGUAGAGAGCAACAUGCCAGAUAAGGUGGAAGUUUGGCAGCUUCUUUUCCAAAAAACUUCUCCCGUGCUCCGCCAGGCUCUGGGCAUGUUCGCCACCAUGGCCCCCAACACCAUGAACUCAGCCUAUUCCAAUUCUCUUGAUGCUCUGGGAGAGGUGGUGGUCAAAAACUUUACUCAGGAUCAACUGAAGAGUGAGGAUGCAAUUAGAAGGGGGUUUCAGUUUGAGCUCCGUCCGUUCCUGGCCUCUCCAUCAACAAAUUUCCUCUCCUGCCUUGGCACAUACAACUUCAGUUGCCAGACAUAUCAGAUUGUCAUUGAGGCAUUCAGCAACCAAAGCCACCUGAUGGACGACGACAGGAAGCGACUAGUCUUAACCCACUUCAUCAAACCGUUCCUCUCCAGAAAAGAUUUGCCAGACCCAGGCUGUGUGUCAUCUGCCAAUGGUAGUCAGCUCUGGCUACAGACCAAUCUUGGAAUUUUCUCUGAUUUUGCAAGCAUAGAGGAUUUGCAAGCCCUUAACCCCAACUUCUCCAGCGAGCAGGUCCUGUCAGAACUGUCUCCCUCCCAAGUAGCACAGUUACUGCAGAGCUCAGACAUCAGAAAUGACACAAAGUUAAUCGAUCGAGUCUUUGAUCGACUGGAGAAGGGAGAAGCUGUUGAAAAUGUGGAUGAAUUCUUUACACAGCUUACCAAGCAGGAGCAGGCCCCAGAGUUCCAAGCUGACGUGAGGGAUCGCAUCAUGAACAGGACCUACAUGAUCAUCAGUCCCUCUUUCCAAUUGUUCACUGCUGUGGACUUUAAAGCUUGGUUCCAAGUCAAACUGGUCCCUGUCCUUGCAAGUUUCACUCCAGAAAUGCUCCGAGGUGUAACUACCGGCAUGAACUGCACAAACUAUCGUAUCAUUGUGAGAGGAAUGGGGAAAGUUGUCACUGCCAUACCUCAGCAAAGACUACAGGCAACCGUUGAUGUUUUACUGAAAUACCUAAAAGACUCUGCUGAUGUCAUCAACCAAAAAGUUUGCAGACAAGGAAUCGAGAGUGAUGCCCAAUGGAUUGAAGAAAACCUGGGUCCAUUUGGUCAAUACGCAACAUAUUCUGAGCUGAAGUUCUUCAACCUGUCUCAGGCAGCGCUUGUGGAUGUUCUUUCCCCCGCUCAGAAAGCUGAGCUACUGACAGAUCCAGAAAGUGGUGCUUUGGAAGAUGCCUCCCUUGUGAGGGAGGUCCUUACAAACCUGACAGAGUCCGGGGAUACAGAGCAGCUUAGUCAGUUUUUCCAAGAGUUCACAACGUCCCUGCAGAAGAGAAACACCACCUUCAUCCAAAAUCAAGCUGUACGAGAGACCAUCUUAAACCUGACUUUGAACAGCCUCGCUCCAACAUUAGACUCCUUUGAAGCAGGAGACUACAAGCUGUGGUUCCAAGUCUAUUUGCUCCCUGUAACAGCAAGCCUCCGCCCUGAGAGCCUUCGGGUGAUACCUAGCAACAUCAGCUGUGAAUCCUACAAAGCUAUUGUCACGGGUCUAAGAGAAAGCCUAAAAUUCCUUCCACUGCCCAUAUCAAUGAAUGUGAGAUCUAGCUUGGAAUUCCUACAGAAGACCUUCCCAGGCUGUGCAAAACGUGAUUCCUUGACGUGCAAAGAGACACAUGUUGAUGAAAUGCUCAUCUGCUCUGGAGUGAACAGCACUCAACUCCAGCAAACACUGCAAGAUGACAAUUCCACUUCAGGUGUAUGCAAUUUUACCAUCAUUGAACAUGCCUGUACCACGCCAUCACAACUCACAGCAGGCAACUUGGCCAGUCUCCUGAAAUGCUCUGUAGAGAGCAACAUGCCAGAUAAGGUGGAAGUUUGGCAGCUUCUUUUCCAAAAAACUUCUCCCGUGCUCCGCCAGGCUCUGGGCAUGUUCGCCACCAUGGCCCCCAACACCAUGAACUCAGCCUAUUCCAAUUCUCUUGAUGCUCUGGGAGAGGUGGUGGUCAAAAACUUUACUCAGGAUCAACUGAAGAGUGAGGAUGCAAUUAGAAGGGGGUUUCAGUUUGAGCUCCGUCCGUUCCUGGCCUCUCCAUCAACAAAUUUCCUCUCCUGCCUUGGCACAUACAACUUCAGUUGCCAGACAUAUCAGAUUGUCAUUGAGGCAUUCAGCAACCAAAGCCACCUGAUGGACGACGACAGGAAGCGACUAGUCUUAACCCACUUCAUCAAACCGUUCCUCUCCAGAAAAGAUUUGCCAGACCCAGGCUGUGUGUCAUCUGCCAAUGGUAGUCAGCUCUGGCUACAGACCAAUCUUGGAAUUUUCUCUGAUUUUGCAAGCAUAGAGGAUUUGCAAGCCCUUAACCCCAACUUCUCCAGCGAGCAGGUCCUGUCAGAACUGUCUCCCUCCCAAGUAGCACAGUUACUGCAGAGCUCAGACAUCAGAAAUGACACAAAGUUAAUCGAUCGAGUCUUUGAUCGACUGGAGAAGGGAGAAGCUGUUGAAAAUGUGGAUGAAUUCUUUACACAGCUUACCAAGCAGGAGCAGGCCCCAGAGUUCCAAGCUGACGUGAGGGAUCGCAUCAUGAACAGGACCUACAUGAUCAUCAGUCCCUCUUUCCAAUUGUUCACUGCUGUGGACUUUAAAGCUUGGUUCCAAGUCAAACUGGUCCCUGUCCUUGCAAGUUUCACUCCAGAAAUGCUCCGAGGUGUAACUACCGGCAUGAACUGCACAAACUAUCGUAUCAUUGUGAGAGGAAUGGGGAAAGUUGUCACUGCCAUACCUCAGCAAAGACUACAGGCAACCGUUGAUGUUUUACUGAAAUACCUAAAAGACUCUGCUGAUGUCAUCAACCAAAAAGUUUGCAGACAAGGAAUCGAGAGUGAUGCCCAAUGGAUUGAAGAAAACCUGGGUCCAUUUGGUCAAUACGCAACAUAUUCUGAGCUGAAGUUCUUCAACCUGUCUCAAGUCGCUAUCCUGGAUUCGUUCUCUUCCGGACAAAAAGCUGAAUUUCUUCUUGAACCUGACAACCUGUCCAAUUCCAGUCUGGUUAUUACUGUGUUGGAACGUUUUACUGCUUCAGCAUCUCUGCAAGACCUUGAGUCUUUCUUUACUGUGUUUGCUGAUGGAUUAUCAAAGCCAAACCAAACUGCAGUUAGUCCCAGUGUGCGGGACAGUAUCCUAAAUUUAACAAUUACAGCCCUCGUGCCAAACUUCUACAUGCUGAAUUCUGAUGGCAUAGCAAAAUGGUUCCAGGUGUAUCUUCCUCUCUUCCUACCAAGUGCCAACUCAGCAACAUUUGAAAUCAUUCCAAGAAACAUUUCCUGCAGCUCCUAUCAAAAUAUUGUGAAAGGUUUCGACAACAUAAUCAUCCAGCUCUCUGAGGCACAGAGCCAACAAGUUCUAAGAUUCGGAUUGGACUAUCUAAAGGUCCAGUUGUCCUCAGGAUUUUCCUGUGUGAACUCUGGGGGUGACACUAACAACAGAGACUGGCUUGAGGAAAAUUUUGGUCAGUUCCGUCUUCAGGCCUCUUUCAAGGAUUUUCUGUCCUUAAAGAAAGACUUUAAAGGACCUGAGGUGGCGGAUCUUCUCACCUUCAGUCAGCUAAAGGAACUUGCAGCAAUCCCUUCACAGCUAAAUGGAACACAAGAUGUCACAAAUAUCAUGAGCGUCAUCCAGCCACCAGACUUUGCUGCUUUCUUUGAUUCCCUCUCAUCAGCGGUUAAGGCCCAGCCUGCCAACUACACACAGGAGGUCAAAUCUGCCUUCCUCCAUGUGCUCUUUGAGAGAGGUGACCUUUCAUCUGUCAGUGAUAAAGACUUCCUGCAAUGGCUGAUGCGACUGGAGCCCUUGCUUGUUGAUCUCUCUCCAAAUUUGGUGAACCAAGUUUUUGGCUUUGCUGCAAACAGGAGUUGUACCAUCAAACAAGAGAUGAUAAACAUGCUUGACACAAUACAGAUAAGCAACAACACAAAAGCAGAGAUCUACAAAAACAUCCUCCUCCUCCUCCAAGAUCCAGAGACCCUGAAGUGUUACGAUGGUGGAAGUUUUUAUCUCUUCCUGAAAAACAGCUUCCUCAGCUUUGGAUUUCCAGACGUUUCAACAUUCAUAUCUCUUCUGCCACCAAAUCGCAAGUCAGAGCUCUUGAAUACCAUAAGCCCAUCGGAGCUGCAUCAGUUCCUCAGUCAGCCUGAUGUCAUCGACAAUGGUUCAGACAUCUGUGUCAUCUUCAGCAACUACAACAACACCGCUGCCUUCCUACAAACGGAGGACCUCCCAAAUAGCGUGAGGAGGAUCAUCCUCCCCUGUGUGUGGCCUUUGGCUCUGAGCAGUAACAAAGGGUCUGAGGUUGAUCUGUGGUUCGACGUACGGUUGAAAAACUACCUGAGCUUCCUCACCAAGGACCUUCUGAACUUCACUGUGGUGCAGAACGCCUCAUGUCUCUCCUUCCAGAGACUGGUGUCUUUCAUGGGAAACAACUUUACCUACAACAGUUCUGAGUUUGGUCGGGAAGAUGUGUACCGCACCAUCAGGAGCUACCUGAGAGCUGGAUCUGGAGCCAGGUGCUACGAUCCCAGAGACCCAGAGCUUAACUCCACCUCCUGGUUUUUCAACUACAUCGGCAGCUUUGUGACAUUCAUCACGCUGGAUGAUCUCACCAGCUUUGUCUCCACCUCUCAGCUGAAUGUCUUCUUGGGCGACAAGGCUAAUCUGGAGCUCUUUACCAACCCAGCUAUCCCACAAAAUGUGACAGAUUACUACAUCUUGCAGCUCUUUCAGUUCAACUCAUCCUUCCAACUCAUGAUGCUUCCUGGAAUUUGGUUGUGCUCCCCGGAAAUCCCAAGCUCAGCAUUUGCAUCUCUAAAUGAAGCAGAGACCAUGGUCAUCUUGGACAAGUUAAAGAUAUUCUGCAAUGGAUCAGAAAAUCCUGAGAGAUCCGCAGCUCUGGCAUCCAACAUCCAGAACAUCACAGAGCAAACCUUCCAAGAUCUAGGAAGUGCGUCUUCAGGCCUGACAACAACCCAGAUCCUCUCAGUGUCCUCCACAGUCCUGGUUUCCUCUCUGUCCAGUCUGGGCUCAGUAGAGACGUGGGGACAGGACCAGGCCAACGUCAUCGUCCAGUCCAUCACCUCCAUUGGCUUUCAGAUAAACACCGCAGCCUCCCUGGUGUCCCUGGGAACUCUUAUUGCUGGUGUUCCUUCAGAGUCAGUGGAGAAGAUGUCGGCUUCUGAAGCCAUCACUGCCUCCAAGAACCCAGCGAUUGUUUCCAACAUGCUGAAAGCCCCAAAGGUUGUCCAGCAGACCUUUGUCAGAAAGAUCAUUUCUGGGGUCUCCAGUCCAUCUGAGGUGGUAAAUAAUGUCCCUGAUUCUUUGGCAACUGAGAUCCCUCCCACGAUGCUGAUAUUCCCUGAUGGGGCUGCAGACAUCAGCGUGUUAAACAAGAAGACAUGGACAUCCGAUCAGUCCACCAUAUUCUUUCCGAUCCUGGGUGACAAAGACCUCGAUAUUGAGCAGCUUUCUCGAUAUUUCCUGCAAGGCUUCACAUGUGGCACAGUUAGUAAAAUGAAAAGAUCUCGAAUCAGACAGUUGAUUCGUGCAUGUAGGCCAAGAAAAGGCAGAGAUAAGGUGGAGCUGGAGGAACCACAGCUGACCUGCAUGUACAACCUGCUGAGUGACAACAUCUCCCAGAACUUCACAGAUUAUCCUUCAGACAUGCUUCUCUACUUAAACACCAGAAACAUCCAGAAAGGAAACUGCAGGUCCUACCUUUCGGCCCUGGGUGCUGCAGACUUCACUGUGGCCUCCAGCAUCUUGAACAAAGGCUCAAAGAAGUUUAGUGAAGCUGGGACCUGCUUGGGGAUCAGUGGGGCUGCCCUGAACAGAGACAACGUGGAGGUUCUGGGGAACAUGGCCUGCAGCCUGGAAGGACCCGACAUCGAGAACUCAGAUCCUCUCAUCCUGGAAAAACUUAAAGCCUGCAAAGACCUGUCUGACAGCCAAAUGAUGGCUGUGGAAGCGCAGCUGCUCAGUGGAAAAUCACAAUAUGGAAAUAUCACCACCUGGACCAAGAAAACACUAGAGGACCUCGACAUUCUUCCCCUGUACUUCUCAACAAACCUCUGGGGGCACUUAGACCGUGAAACAAAGAGAAGGUUCCUUAAAGGUUUCAUGCCGAACUUGAGAAGAAGAAGAACUCAGAAGAGGAAGCUAAAGAGGCUGUUCAAACAGCUCAGUACUCGUUUGGCAAAGCGAGCAGCAGGUUGUAAUUCAGAGGAGAUCACCCAGGUGACCAUUAGCGACCCAGCGUUCCCCUUUGGCUAUGAUUCGAUGCAGUUUGACCUCUGCCUGGACCUUUCUGUGCUGAAAGAAAACCUCUAUGCUAUCUGCCAGAAAGUGGAUGAUGAUGAAUUCCAGAAAAUCAUUCUGAGGAAGCUCAACCAGACUUACCCAUCUGGAGUUCCUGAUCAGGCAGUACAGCUGCUUGCCUCAGUAUCUCGCAUGGCAACACUUGACGACAUCUCUGGGUGGAGCAUCACUAAACUGGAUACUCUGGCCGCUCUCCUGGAACCUGAAGAUGGAAGCUGGGAGAAGGAGAAGAGCCGAAAAAUCAUCACCAAGUACCUGGAAACAUCUGGAAAUUCACUGGGCAGCGCUGAGCUGGACGCAAUAGGCUCCAACCUUUGCUCCUUGGAAAGCAGAACGCUACAGAACAUCACAACAGACAGUCUGAGAAAUGCCAGGCUUAUAGAUGUGUCAUCAUGUUCAGCUGAGCAGAAGAGAGUGCUCUAUGAGAUCAGCAACAGCUCCUACAGCGUUUAUCGUGAUAAUCCCAUUACCUUUUACAACCUGGUUAAAGGCUAUCUAGGUGGAGCACCGCAAGCAGAUAUUAGAGCAUUAUCAACACAGAACAUCAGCAUGAGUGUCAACACCUUCAGAAGUCUGGAUGUCAAUGUGAUAACAAAUGUAACUGUGAACGACGUCCGAGGGCUCAUGGGUGAAAACCUGCCAGAUCUGAAGCUGUUUGAGAAUGAAACGGUGGUUAGAACCUGGGUGAACUUACAGCGACAGUCUGAUCUUGACACACUGGGCGUGGGUCUAAUCAGCACCAGAGUAGAUGCGACCACAACAGGACCUGGCUCCAACGUGAAUGGAAGCACCGCUGCAUCACAAAACAGCACAACCGGCACCAACGUGACUCAGAAUACUGCAAAUGGAACUGUGACAGAAGGAAACACAAACAGCUCGAGUCCGGCCCCAGUUGGUACAUCCACACCAUCACAACCUGCAGCUACAAAUGGUGUUCUAAUGCCGACAAAAUCCCCUGCAUUGGUUCUCCUUGGAGUUUUGCUCACAGCUGCUCUACAAAUACUUCUACAGCCGGCCUAAAGAGGCCCUGCUGCGGCAGCUAUUCUUGGGUUUUUAAGCAAAUGUUAUCAUAUUAUAGUUCUAAUUACAACUGUAGCUGUAUUAUUUAUGCACAUGUAGAAAAAGAAAAUUAAUUUCCACUGUUUCAUUUCUUUCAAAUUGCUUCUUGCAAUUAAUAUUUUACUAAAGAAUCAAUAAUAUGUUACUUUUUUUGGUGGGCAAAGUACAGAAAUAAUGCUUUUUAAUAAUAGAAAUGUAUCUUAUUAAUCAAUAUUCUUUAAAAUAUAAUUAUUUUAUUCCUGUACCUUGAACAGAAAUGCUAAUAUCUAAAUAAAUAAAUGCAACUUAACA